UCCAUGGAUUGGAGAAGAAGAAGUGUCAUGGAGGGAAUGGAGGAGGUGCUGGUGGAGGAGGAGGAGGUCAACAAACGAAUGAAGGAGGAGGAGGGGACCAGCAACAAUUAGAAGGACAGGCUGGACAGACACAGCAUGAGGUGCAUAUUGAAGGAGAACAUGAGGAGGAGGAACAUGAUGGGCCAUUGGAUCAAGGACAAGAGGGGCAGCAUUCACAGCAACUAAUACUGGAACAAGGAGCACAAGAACCACAUCAACAAGGAGAAGGUGUACAAGGAGGACAAGAGGAACAACAAGAAAGAGGAACAACUGCUAGUCCUGAUGAUACUAUGAAACCCACUGGAGUGAAAGAUGCUGAAACAUAUGCUGGACUGGUUUAUUAUGAGGAAGAUGGAGUAGAGGAUUUGGUGACGUUCACUGCAGCUAAAAAACUAAGUGCUCUCCUUGAGUAUGUUGAUAAAAAGCAUUCUCGUGCUAAGUUGGGACAGUAUGUCUAUUUUUGUUUUAAGCCAAAAACUAGUCAUCUUGAAUUGAAUUUAAAGAGUCCACAAGAUGAACCAUUUACUGGUUGGACCAUUAAGCCUCACAUCAAACCUUGUAAAUUGCGUCGUUGUGAUGUUGAUAAUUUUGGUGAAGCUAAUUAUCCUCUUCCUCCAUGUUGUCUGGUAUCAGUCUAUGGAUCACCUGGUGCUGUACCAUCACUACAUUACUCUGUACCACUGGAUGGAGUGGCUGAUCCUGUUACAUUAUUCAUUCAUCGAUCACUGAGAACUGCUCCUCCUUCAACAGUACAAGAUACUAGCUCAAGCUCCUCUACUGCUAGUAUCAGUCAAACCAGGAGAGAGACUGAAGAAGGUACAUUUAGAUCUGAUAUUGCUCAUAGAGUAAUGACAGAAUGUACUGGAAUGAUAAAGGAAAGGCUUGAUCUAAAUACAUGUUCAUUGGUAGAUAGGCUACUGGAGAAGAGGAUAAUAAAUGAAAAGCAGAAGAAUCACAUUACUGAUCAAAGCUGUGGAUUGACUGCUAAUCAAAGAAUGGACGAGCUGCUUAGUUUAGUUAAAACAUCCAUUAGAGAGGAUGGAGAAGAUUUUGGUUUGUUUCUAGAAAUAAUUAAACAAGAGAAUACAAAAACAACUGAUAGACUAGCAAAAACACUAUUAGACAAUUAUAAAAGCUUAUUAUAAUUUUAGUAUAAAAAUAAUUUUAUGUAGUUUCAGUAUAGUAACAAUUUUGUGUCAUUUUUGUCUAGCAUUAAUCA